UCGUUAAUUCUGUUUCCUUCAAAAUAAAAACUAGAUGGGCUCAGUCGAUCAAAAACAACCUUGUAACUAAGAUUCAAUCUAGUCUACUUCAAUUGAUAUAUUACGUGAAUUGCAAUGACAUCAAUUUAUAUAAUCGGUGAGUUGCGUUAUUUGAUAGACGGGACAGCUCGACGCUGUAAAUGUUGAACUGCGUGUUAUUUUGAAACUCGUCUUCGGACCUAACUUUUUAUUGUUUUAUUGUCAAGAUGUACUGCUGGUUCGGUUCUGCGUAGUCAGACCGGGCUUCCUAUUCAGUCCCUAAAGUCGGAAUGUUUCCUCUGCUGAUUUUCCUCCACGUCAUCGCGGUGAAAUGUCAGCCCGAGCUGUCUCCGCCGCUGGACGUCGUGGUGGACCGGUAUCACAUGCCAAAACGAUGCCCCCGCGAGGUCCAAACGGAGGACUUUGUUCGGUACCACUUCAACGGAACCUUCCAGUCGAACGGAACGAUGUUCGACUCGAGUCAUGUCCGAGGAAAGGCGUUCAUCAGUCAGGUGGGGGUGGGCCGCCUCAUCCACGGAAUGGACCGCGGCCUGCUGGGCACCUGUGUCAACGAGCGCCGCAGGAUCACCGUCCCGCCGCACUUGGCCUUCGGGAGCAUAGGAACAGGUGGCGUGAUCCCGCCAGACGCCAUCUUGGUGUACGACGUGCUGCUGCUGGACAUUUGGAACCCCCAAGACAAAGUUCAAAUCCGCACACUCAGCAAACCUGAGCGAUGCGUACGCGCCGCUAACGCCUCCGACUUUGUGCGCUAUCACUACAACGGCACCCUGCUAUCCGGGCAAACCUUUCUGUCCAGCUACACUAAUAACACGACCUACGACACGUAUUUGGGGCAAGGCGACCUGAUCGAGGGCAUGGAGGAAGGCCUCCUGGGAAUGUGCAUCGCAGAAAGACGCAUCAUCAUCGUCCCGCCGUUCCUUGCCUAUGGAGAGAAAGGACACGGAAGUGCGGUCCCCCCCCAGGCCACGCUGGUGUUUGAGGUCCUGAUGGUGGAUGUAUUCAACAACAAAGAUGACGUCGCGGUUGAGGUCCUGGAAGUCCCAGACAACUGUGCGCGGCGGAGUGCCGUGGGGGACUUUAUCCGCUAUCACUACAAUGGCACCUUUCAGGAUGGCACCAAAUUCGACUCCAGCUACCAAAGGAACAGCACAUACAACACAUACGUGGGCCGAGGAUUUGUCAUCACGGGCAUAGACCGAGCCCUGCAGGGUCUUUGUAUGGGCGAGAAGAGGAAAGUGGUGGUGCCGCCUCACCUGGCGUAUGGAGGAGAAGGCGUCAGUGAUCUUAUCCCCGGCUCGGCCGUACUGGUGUUCCACAUCCAUGUGCUGGACUUCCACAACCCUAAAGACGAGGUAGAGGUGAAAGUGGUGCGCCGGCCCGAAGAAUGCGGGUCUGGCAGUGAGAAGAACGACUGGCUCCGUUACCGCUACAACUGCUCACUGAUGGACGGCACGCUGCUGUACUCCUCGGACGAGCAAGACUUGCCGUCAGUCACCACACUGGGAGCCAAUGACGUGAUCCCGGGGCUGGAGCAGGGUUUGUUGGGCAUGUGCGAGGGUGAGGCCAGGGAGGUGGUGGUCCCGCCGCACUUUGGUCACGGGGAAAACGGAGCUGGCGUGGUUCCGGGCAGCGCUGUGCUAUUUUUCCAGUUGGAGCUUGUAGAGCUGCAGAAAGGCGUCCCCAACGGCUUCAUGUUUGUGUGGCUGGGGGACGUCCCCGAACCCCUGUUCACCGCCAUGGACCUGGACGCCGAUGGCCACGUUCCCCUGCAAGAGUUUUCCGACUUCAUCAUGCUGCAAGUGCAGCGGGGCAACGGCCGCCUGAGGCCCGGCGUGCCAUCAGACGACAUCAUCCGGGACAUGUUCAACAGUCAGGAUCUGGACAAGGACGGGAAGAUCGUCGCCCAGGAGGUGACGCUACAAACGGACGAGAGGGACGAGUUGUAAAAGAAGAUCCCCCCCGCCCCCCGAGCUAUCUGCACACUGUGAUGUCCACCAAGCCACUAUAUGGAAUAAUGAAAAGGACGCAACAUGAGUUACACCUCCGCCGUCUCACAUCAGAAAACUACCGCCGGGAUUCAAACUCGGAACCUGCCAACUUCGAGACGGAAGCGGAACAACCUCAUCUUCCAGCGUUCUUGUAUUGAAUGUUGUACUUAAUGAAGAGUCUAAAGAAAA